UAACCCACUACUAUCGUUAAGUUACAGAACAGACCUAGAUGUUGUCAGUCAUGUUUUAAACUCUUCUAUUCCUGUAAAUAUAAAAGGGAUUAAGUAUAAUUGAAAAGAUGAAGAAAGAAAAAACAGCUGAUAAUAGCCGUCCAUAUAAAUUAGCUCAUCAAAUAUUAAGCUUAACUGGAAUAAGUUUCCAAAGAAAAAGCAUAAUUGGCUUUGUCGAAUUAACAAUUGUACCACUACGAGAUACAUUGAGACUGAUAAAACUCAAUGCCAAACAAUGCAGAAUAUACAGAGUAUGUUUAAAUGAUACAUAUGAAGCUCCUUUCCAAUAUUUUGAUCCAUUUUUGGAUAUCUGUCAAGGAGAUAGCAAACAACGCUCUUUGGAGUUCUUUUCAAAUAUGCACUUAGCAGCAGCUCAGAAAGUUGAUCCUGAUAAUAAUUCUGGAGAACUGGUGGUUCAAAUACCACCAGACGCUGCACACUUAGUUGCUGAAGGACGCGGAUUAAGGAUUAGCAUUGAAUUUUCCUUGGAGCAGCCACAAGGAGGUGUACAUUUUGUGGUUCCAAAUUGUGAAGGCACUUUAGCUGAGAAAGGUGCACAUAUGUAUACAUAUAGUUACGAAAAUUCAUCGAGACUAUGGUUCCCAUGUGUGGAUAGUUUUGCUGAACCAUGCACUUGGAAAUUAGAAUUUACUGUGGAUGACUUAAUGACUGCAGUUUCCUGUGGAGAUCUAAUCGAGAUUGUCUACACACCUGAUAUGCGUAGGAAAACAUUUCACUAUGUGCUUAAUAUUCCAACGUGUGCUCCAAAUAUUGCACUGGCAGUUGGACCCUUUGAAAUCUUUGUGGAUCCUUAUAUGCAUGAAGUGACUCAUUUCUGCUUACCUCAGCUUUUACCAUCCCUGAAAGUGUCAGUGAAAUACAUGCAUGAAGCUUUCGAAUUUUACGAAGAAACCUUGUCAAAUCGAUAUCCAUAUUCUUGUUACAAGCAAGUCUUUGUUGAUGAGAUAGACGAAGACAUCAAUAUUUACGCUACUAUGAGUAUUCUGAACACGAAUUUGUUACAUUCUACUGCAAUCAUAGAUCAAGUGUACAUUACUAAAAAGGCAAUGGCACAGGCAGUCGCGGAACAAUUUUUUGGAUGCUUCAUUUCUAUGCAAAAUUGGUCGGAUAUGUGGUUACCCAAGGGUAUUUCAACAUAUUUAACAGGAUUGUACGCUAAAAAAUGUUUUGGCAACAAUGAAUAUAGAGAAUGGAUUCAAUCUGAGCUACAAGAAGUUGUGAAAUACGAAGAACAGUUUGGUGGUAUAAUAUUAGAUCCUUCUCAACCACCAGCACCAUUGCCCAUCGCAGCUAAUACUCCAGCUCCUGCACCUCGAGCGCCUGAUCCAGGAUAUUAUUUUCCCAUUAGAAAUCUGCACACAAUGUCGCCACAAUACAUCAAAGUUCUCCGAAAAAAAGCACACCUAGUUAUCAGAAUGUUGGAACACAGAAUUGGUCAAGAAUUACUGCUUCAAGUUUUCAAUAAGCAACUCUCUCUAGCAGCUAACGCUGCACAACAGAAAAUUGACUCUGGCUUAUGGUCACAUAUGUUAAUUAGUACAAAUGUAUUCACUAAGGCUAUUUUUACUGUAACGGGAAAAGAUAUGGCAGUCUUUAUAGAUCAAUGGGUGAGGACGGGAGGACAUGCAAAAUUCAGCUUAAGUUUUGUAUUUAAUAGAAAAAGAAAUACGGUAGAAUUAGAAAUUAGACAGGAUACUACACAUCAAAGGGGAAUUCGAAAAUAUGUUGGUACAUUGUUAGUCAAUAUUCAAGAAUUAGAUGGUACUUUUAAGCACACGUUACAAAUUGAAGGUACAGUAGCCAAGUCUGAUAUUACAUGUCACAGUAAAAGUCGCAGAAAUAAGAAAAAGAAAAUUCCAUUGUGCACUGGAGAAGAGGUUGACAUGGAUCUCACUGCUAUGGAUGAUUCGCCAGUAUUAUGGAUCAGGCUAGAUCCUGAAAUGACACUCAUGCGUUCUGUACAAAUCGAACAACCUGAUUAUCAGUGGCAAUAUCAGCUGAGACAUGAGAGAGAUGUUACCGCACAAUUAGAAGCGAUUCAUGCUCUACAGAAUCAUUCAACACCCGCCACUCGAUUAGCAUUAACUGAUACAAUCGAAAAUGAGCACUGUUACUACAAAGUUAGACUUCGUGCUGCACACUGCUUGACGAAAGUAGCAAAUGCCAUGGUAGCAACUUGGGCUGGUCCACCAGCAAUGUUGGCAAUAUUCAGAAAAUUGUUUGGGUCCGCGUCGUGUCGGCGAAUUAUUAAGCAAAAUAACUUUUCAAAUUUUCAACAUUAUUUUCUGCAAAAGACUAUACCAGUUGCAAUGGCAGGAUUACGCAACGCUCACGGUAUUUGUCCGCCAGAAGUCUUAGCUUUUUUAAUGGACCUCUUCAAGUACAAUGAUAAUAGUAAAAACAGAUAUUCCGACAAUUAUUAUAGAGCUGCAUUGAUAGAAGCUUUAGGUGCUACUGUUACGCCAGUUAUCAGUGUACAACAAGGGACCGCUAUCACAGCAGAGUCUCUAUCAAUCGAUACUAAAGCUAUCUUGGAAGAAGUAACAAGAAACUUGAACUUGGAAAAAUUGUUACCUUGCUACAAAUAUACUGUUAGUGUAGCUUGUCUUAAAGUCAUACGUAUCCUUCAAAAGUUCGGUCAUCUCCCGAGCAACCCUCAUCUUUUUAGAGCAUAUGCGGCAUAUGGGCAAUUUAUAGAUAUUCGAGUCGCGGCUUUAGAGGCGUUAGUCGAUUUCACUCGCGUAGACGGUAAGUGGGAAGACUUAGAAUUUCUCUUGGACAUGGCGGAAAUGGAUCCACAUCCCGGUGUGCGUCAUAGACUUGUAAGAUUAAUGGUAGAGAAUCCACCAUUCGAGAAAGCACACAAACACCGUCUGGAUAAGCCAGAUUUAGUUGAUCGCAUAUGGAACUUAAUUAAUGGCAUGCUAUCACAUGACGCAAAAUUACGCUGCGAUUUGGUGGAUUUGUACUACACCUUGUACGGUAUAAAAAUCCCGUUUUGUCUUCCUAUCCCCGAACUUGCAAUGCUGACGAAGCCUAGGAAAGCUGGUCCGCCAAGUAGUCCAGAACGUGAAAUGAAAGUUACACCUGUACAACACGUUAGGCGUGAACCGAUUGAUGAAGUCGAGAAUUUACCUGUUUCAAACAGAAAGAGACCAUCCCCAAAUGUCGAUUCUCUGGCCCCAUCGAAUGCAGUGGAAUAUGGGCCAGAAGUAAAACGACCAAAACCGAUAAGUACUUAUUGCCAUUUCAAGCAGGAUGAACGGGGGAUUCCAGUGCCUGGCGAAGGUAAAGUGAAAUCUGAGUAUUAUAGCGAUAAUUCAGCAUCUUUGCCUGGCAUCAUGGGAACUCCGGGUCCUGUAGGCUUUGAACCGGGGAUGUUCAAAAAGGAAUCAGAGGAACAUAAGCCGAAAAAUGAUUCCAGCAAUAAGAAUAAGAAAAAGAAGAAGGAUAAGAAAAAGCAUAAACAUAAACACAAGCACAAGCACGAUCAUAAGCAUACUAAAGAUAAGGAAAAAAAGGAAAAAGAUAAGGGUAAAGAUAAGGAAAAGGAUAAAGGCAAAGACAAGGAUUCAUCGUCGUUAAAAAUAAAGGACGAAACUCUUAGUUCCGCUAGUUCCAGUCAAAGCCCAGAUGCAACAGUCACUAAUGAGUUUCUUUUUCCUUAAGAAUAUUUACUAUUAAUGUAUAUAUUCAAAAUGUUUAUAUUAGAAAAGACCGGCGGCUGUCUAUGAAAACUGUCCACAGUAUUGCUAUCUCAAGUAUUAAGAGGUAGAUAUCUCUACUAUUCUAACGAGUCGUUGAAAAAGCUUUAUGUGUAAGGGAUUCAGCUUUUUUUUAGAAGUCCCCUAUGUAAAACUUCUUCAAAAUAUUCAUUGGAUUAGAAACAUUUGAGUAAUAUUUCAAUGGAAUAGAGAGACAUUCAAUAUACCUGAGAUAACAGUAUUAUGAACACAUAUAACUGGUCUCCUCUGCAAUUACUAUUUAUAUUUUACAUGUAACUAUUAUAAUAUAAUUUUUAUAAAUAUAACUUAAUUUUCGUAUAAAAUUAAAUAUAAUUUUUAUAUGUAAUUAACACUUUAUACAUAUUUAUACCACUGGUGAAAAAUCAACAGAUUUUUGUAAAGUGUUAAAACACAUUAUAAUAAAUCUAUGUAUAAGUUACUUUAUUAUGUACA